AUGGGUAACGAGCCGUCGACCGUCGUCGAUGAGAACACCCCUCCCUCCGUGCUGGAAUCGCGGUCCAUCGAGGCGGUGGCCAAAUACAUCAAAGAGAAAAAUGUGCGCAAUAUUGUAGUCAUGGUGGGAGCUGGCAUCAGCACCUCGGCGGGCAUUCCGGAUUUCCGUUCGCCAGACACCGGUAUUUACGCGAAUCUAGCCCAUUUGGAUCUCCCCGACCCUGAGGCCGUCUUCGACAUCAGCUUCUUCCGCAACAACCCCCGGCCGUUCUACGCGCUGGCGCGGGAGUUGGCCCCCGGGCGAUACCGACCCACCUUGGCGCAUUCGUUCAUCAAGCUGCUCCACGAUAAGGGCCUCCUCCUCAAACACUUUUCGCAGAACAUUGACUGUCUGGAGCGACUGGCGGGCGUGCCGGGGGAGUUGAUCGUCGAAGCGCACGGGAGCUUCGCGAACCAACACUGCAUCGACUGCAAGGCCGAGUACCCGGAAGCACAGAUGAAGGAGGCGAUUGCAAAGGGUGAGGUGCCGCGCUGUGCUCAAUGCCAGGGCAUCGUGAAGCCAGACAUUGUCUUCUUCGGCGAGUCACUGCCGGAGGAUUUCUUCGAGAACCGCACGCUCCCCGAACAGGCCGACCUGUGCAUCAUCAUGGGCACCAGUCUCUCCGUACAGCCGUUUGCCAGUCUCCCCGCGUUCUGCCGCGACGGCAUCCCGCGGGUGUUGGUCAACAUGGAGCGGGUGGGGGGAUUGGGCUCGCGCCCGGACGAUGUGCUGUUGCUGGGCGACUGCGAUGCCGGGGUGCGCAAGUUUGCGCGGGCGUUGGGAUGGGAGCGGGACCUCGAGGAGAUCUGGGAACGCACCAACCCCAAUCCGGCGAGUCGCGAGGCCGAAGAAGCGCCGGCUCGCACUCGGGACGAACGGCUUCAUGACGAGGUGGAACGGUUGACGGAGGAGGUGGACCGGGCAUUAGGCCUCUCCGAGACGUAUCAGGACCGCGUGCGACAGCAGAUUGAGCGCCCCCGCGGCCAGGCACAGGCCAAUGCAGACUCCGAGGAGACGCUUCGCGAGACGGAGGAUGCGGUGCGUGCAGAGCGACGCCGAAGUCUGGGGACGCUGAAGCAUGUGUUUCCCCACCUGGCGCGAUAA